AUGGAAAACGACUCGUGUCAUCGUGUCCGUGCCUAUCAAUGGGUCGCCAACACGGCCAUGUGCUUCGCCAUCGUAUCCGUGCUCACUGUGUGUGUUUCGAUGCCGGCCAUCUACAUGUACAUGUUCCACGUGAAACAACUCAUUGUCAGCGAGGUCAUCACUUGCGAGGUAUACAAUUUCGUUUCUAUAUUGUAAACUUUGGAAGAGUUCAGGAGCACGCCAAAGAAAUCUGGCGAGAGGUUGAGAUAAUGAAGAACUUGCCAUACAGCAACCGAACUUCCCGAUUCCCAAGGCAAGCGGAUUACAAGGAUACUGCUCCAGUAGCUGCUACGGCUGGAGGAGGUGGAGAAGGAGAAAAGUACAAUGAGGCGCCAGUGGCAUCUGUGGCCGGAGGAGGAUCUUGCAACGUAAGCUAUCAUACUUACUCACAAACCAAUUAAAAACACUGUUCUAGGGAUGUUGUCCAGGAGGACCAGGACCAAAUGGUCUGCUAGGAAAGCCUGGACGUCCCGGAAAGCCAGGAGCACCAGGCCAGCCGGGAACACCAGGAAAGAGCACGAUUUCGGCUGUUUGUGAAGCAGUCUCGCCACCACCAUGCAGAAUUUGUCCAAUUGGAGUUCCAGGAGAGCAGGGAGUUCCGGGAGGUCCGGGAGAAAAGGGACCAGCGGGACAGCCCGGGCGCAACGGACCAGACGGAUCAAACGGAGAACCUGGUCCGAAGGGACCGCCAGGAGCCCCAGGAUCCGAAGGACAGCCUGGAAUUCCGGGUGAGCCAGGAAAGCCAGCUCCACAGGAAGGAGCUCCGAUCCCAGGAGACCCAGGACCGCCAGGAGACAGUGGAAUCCCAGGACCACCAGGUCCGCCAGGAAGUGCUGGGCCAGAUGGUUUGCCUGGAAACGGCGGAGCCAAGGGACCGAACGGACCAGACGGACCACCAGGAGCGGACGGAGCACCAGGACCACGUGGACCACCGGGAUCCGGGGGAGGCGCCGGAGAGAAGGGAAUCUGUCCCAAGUACUGCGCCAUCGACGGAGGCGUGUUCUUCGAGGAUGGCACAAGACGAUAA